AUGAACCGUAGGCUCACUGUGGAGACGAGCUAUAGCAGCGAUGGCGAAGUCGUGGCAGAAAGUUUGGAUAUGCGACACCUUAAACCGGCCUACCACCACCCAAAGGUCGCCGACUUGCCUGAUCCGGAAUUGUCCCCAUUCGCAAACCAAGAGGUACUCCUUGGAAAUGUUGGAGGACCAGCUGUUGAAGUGGAAAUUGUCGAGAAGUACCCAACAAUAUGCAUAGUAUGUGGCGUGGAUUUUAAGUUACGUUCUAACCUACAUGCCCAUCUGACUGCUCACGAACACUUGAUGGGGAAAUUAGAUAACUACCUCAAAGUGCCCGUUUAUGAGUGCAAACACUGUGUGGCUGAAGUAAAUGCUUCAACAGUUCUCCGCCAUCGCUGCUUCCUGAAACAUAAGGAAGAUAUUGAAAAAGUAGAAAGGCAAAUGGAUACGGUUGGCAGUCCCCUUGUUUGUGUAUUCUGUCGAGGGCGAGUUCUACCCUCAAGAUCCCAUCUGAUCGCUCACCUCAUAGCAACCCAUUCACCACACCGGAACCCUUUCCGCUGCAUAUUUUGUCACACACAAUUCCGGUCUGAUAGCCUUCUGAUGCAAGAAAUGCACGUCUUCGACCACCACGUUCCGGAACUUGAGUUCAUAAACCGGCUUGCCUACUUCAAGGCCGUCAAGACGAUGCAAGGUGGCAACGUGGAGGCCACGACACCCUUUUUAUGUCUGUAUGACGGCCGCAAAAUGGAACAGUCGAGGUGGUGGGAAACACUGAGGGCCGCAAUGAAGGCUGCCAAGGAGAGCGGUGCUCAGGACACUGAAAAGACUGAGGCAAUACGUGAACUCCCCACGGUGACGGGCUUCUGUGCUCAAACCUUUAAUACUCUCGCCGAGUUCACGACUCACCUCUACUGUCAACACACGUUUGUGGCCCAGGGCCUCGACGCGGAGAGCGUUCUAACUGACGAGGAGCUGAAGAAGUUGGAUAAGGCACUGAAGCGGAUCCCGGGGCCCACAGUUCGACAGAUGAUGAGUGGCCCACCGUCAGGAGACUCCGCAGCGGCCGAACAUGGCGGAUCAAAGGCUAAAAAGACCUCCAAAAUUGUG